AUGCUCCUGGAUUUGGUCCUUGGAUUUGAUUAUCACAAGAGUGGGGAUACAAUAAAUCUGAGUGAGUUACACUCUUCAAAGGGGCACAAAUGCAUAUGGUAUGUGCUGUCUGGAUAUGCCACUGUUCUGGUUACUGCUUUGGCAGCUAGAGUCUUGACUCACUCACCUCAACCUGCACUCCUCGAUCUGGAAGUAACAACACAAGGGAGUUUUGUUGGAAGCUGCAGUGUUGAUGAUGAUGCACCCAUCUGGUCAAUGCAAGUGAAUGACAGUAACAAUGAAGAAGAUGAUGUGGAGGAAGAAAUAGCUAAGGAAGAUGAUGAUGACGAUGAUGAUGAAGAGGACUAUUAUGAUGUUGAUGAAGAUGAUUAUGAAUGUGGUUUGGGGGUUGAUGAACUUGAUGAUGAGAUUUUGAAAAAAGAAGAAGAUGAAAGUGUUGGUGGUGGUGAUUAUGAGUCUAAUGUGUUGCAUUUGAAGGGAUUGUCGAUGUCGAAAGGGAAACAUCUUUGUUUUGAUGAGGAGGAUGAUGAGGGAAAAUCUUAUAUAUGA